AAAAUCAGAAAACAAGGACCAUCUGUAUUUACAGCAAGACUAUAUGUGUUCAUUGGUCAACACCAUGAUAUAAUAACUACCAUGUCCAAGGUUGUCUGCACCCAACUUCUCCUGUGCCUUAUUAUUUUCUAUAUUGUCUUCUACAUGACAUGCAGUGUGUGUACAGGAGCCAUGAGAAUAGAACACUUUAACUGGCGGAUUCCAUUUGAACAUGAAGCACUGCCAGAAUUUAAUAAUACAGAUUUUCUGGUUCACCUAAUCUCUCUAGAGAUUACUUGCUUUCUGAGUGGUCUCCUGUUCGUCCCCAUUGGAGGUUCUUGGGUUUGGGAUUAUGCUUUCACUGUCCAUGUCCUUCAUAUAUGUAUAUGCUGCAUAGUGACGGGUGUUUUCCCUAUGAUGUGGCAAUGGUGGCUGGAAAUAGGUUGUGGAUUAAUCCUUAUUGUUGGAUCAGGCCAUACUCUUGCUCAUUUCACAAUCCGGUCAUCAAGCAAACAUCCCUUGAUGCGUUAUGAUAACUAUCCGUAGAUGCUCCAUCUCAGUACACAAUCAGUCAGGAGGAGAGACUCUAUGCCAGAAUAUAAAGGACAUACCUUAUUGGGGCUACAAAAAGUUCAUAAGGGCAACACUUUCUAAGACAACAGGACCAGAAGUCAGAAUGGAGAGAAUUGGAUAGAUGCUCAGAAACAGAAUAUUCAGUGAAGAUUGAUCCACAAGGCUUAAUAAAGGGGAUCUUAAGAAUGCAGAACCACUCCACAAACCAUCACAAAAGGAAGUGAGACUCCUUUCAACACUUGCCUCACUCAAACUUCCUCCUUAUUUGACUGAAGCCUUAUUUGUAAACAAACAUUUCAUUGCACUAAAGAAGUG